GUCGAGGUGCGCGCAAGCUAGCCCGGACACCACGGUUAUAAAAAAAAAUUAAAAUAAUAAUAAUCGGCUAAAUUCUAUUUUAAAGGUUCCUUCACCAUUACUUUUAGGAUUUAAGUAAUAUAUACUAAUAGCGUAAAAUUUUACAUUAUCGAUGAAUUUUAACAUGUGAUAGUUGGUUGAUUACCGAUUGACACUUGUUAAGAUAUUGACAUAUAAUUAACUAAUAAGACUUGAUUGUGUAAAUAUAACCUGGUACAUGUUCAAGAAUCUAAGCUUAUUCAAGUGCUAAAAUGGUAUUACUUCCAUCUCAAUUUAACAAUAUAGUACGGCGCAAUUAUCAAGGUUUAAUGCUAAUUGUCAUUCUUUGGGGGGGGGGAGGAUGGGCGAUUAAAACGUUCUUUUAUAAUUAUGAAAACUCGAGAUGGGACGUAGAGUGAUGAGCCCAAAGUGCAAGGAGUGCCCAAAAUAAAGGCUAUUUCCAUCUUCUUCAAUCUUAGGUCUUGGUUCUUAUUGGCGAAUAUUUAUAUGAUGCCUCCUAAGGGCAAAAAGCAAUAUCACUGUCAAACUUUAACUCUCGAUAUGCUUAGCAGCCUCCCUGAGAAUGUAAUUGAUGAUAUUCUUGUGCGUUUGCCUUUACGAGAUGUUGUGAGGACUAGCAUCUUAUCAAAGAAAUGGAGGUAUAACUGGUGCAGACUUCCAGAAUUGGCGCUUGAUCAAACACUCUGGAUAACCAAAAAGGAUUUAAUGUACUUUACACAUAAAUUUACAAAGAUUGUCAACCACAUUAUGAGAUUUCAUGAUGGACCAAUCACAAAGUUCACCCUCUUCAUUCCUUAUUUGGAAAGAUCUCCUAAUAUUGACAAAUUGAUACGUUUCCUCCGUAGAAAUGGCAUUCGGCAUCUUGUUCUUAGACUUCCAAUCAGGGGUAACCCGUACGAAUUGCCGCCUUCAUUUUUCACGUGUUUCGAGUUGAGGCAUUUGACUCUCCAAAAUUGUUCAGUACAACCUCCACCAGCCUGCAGAGGAUUUGAUAGGCUAAUUAGCCUGGAAUUACGUGAUGUUACAAUUUCUUCCAAGUUGCUUGAAAGUUUAAUCUCUCAUUGCUUGUUGCUUGAGCAAUUAGUGCUGCAGAUCUCAAGUGCGUUAAGCGAUGUCAUUGGAAUUAAUGCUCCCAUGCUGAGAUCUUUUGACUUCACAGGCAGUAUGAGUUCUAUCUGUUUAAAACGUAGCCCUCUUCUGGCAAAACUUUCACUUAUGCAUAGGGAAUAUUAUGUGGCGGCACGAAAAAGUAAUAUUGCCGAGUUUUUUGAGUCCUUUUCUGCUCUAGAAUACCUCCACUUAAAUGACAUGUCCUUUGUUGCAGGAGCAGGUGAAAUACCAACAAGGCUUUCGUUUAAUCUUAACUGUGUCAAACAUCUUCGCAUAUCUAGUAUUUUUCUGGGUUGCUGGGAUGAGGUUGCAUGCGCUCUUUGUCUGAUAAAAAGCUUUCCAUAUUUACAAUAUAUGGAAAUUAAGGUGGAGCGCGAUGACAAUGAUAUACCAGCUCUAGAAUGUCUUGACGUGGAACGUUUCUCAGAUGUGUCAUUUAAUCACCUCAGGGAAGUUAAGCUAAUACAAACUAAUGGCACAAUCCCUGAGAUGCAGCUUAUGAAGCUUUUGUUGGCCGUGUCUCCCGGGCUGGAGAGAAUGCUAAUCGAGCCAUGUCUAGUUGAAGAUUCUGCAGCUGUCAGAUUACUCGCUGAGCUAACAAAAUUUCAGCGGGCAUCACCUGAAGCAGAAGUUGUCUAUAACUUGGAUAAGCAUCCAUAUAACCGUCCUGUUUGAUACCCACGGUGUGGGAUUAUACUGGGUAUGUUGUUGUUGUAUAACCAUCCUGUUUGAUCUUCACGUCUCUUUAAUCAGAUCAUGAUCUUUUGCGAAAGUGUUUUGGAAGUUGAAGUGAAUAGAUAGAAACGAAUGUUGAUGCUAUAGUAUAACUCUGUGUUUUGCCUAAUUGCCAUAAGAUUGAGAGAAGUAGGAACAUCAGUUCGGGGAUGUAAAUGAAUGUGGAUAUAUGGUUUCUUUUGACUUUGUGAUUACAGUGCAUGGCUUUUUACUUUA